AUGGAACCCGCAAAUGACUCUCCAACAUCGCAGCACAGUGACAUCCUCAUCGUGGGGUCAGGCGUCUUCGGCACCAGCACGGCGUAUCACCUGUCCCAAAGCCAUGCCUCGUUACGAGUCACGGUGCUCGACCGCGCGCCGGCCCCGUCUCCCUGGGCCGCAUCUUCCGAUAUCAACAAGAUCGUCCGCGCCGACUACAGCGUCCCGUUCUACAUGGACCUCGCGUACGAGGCAAUGCAGUACUGGACGGACAGUCCGUUGAUGUCUCGCUUCUUCCACCAGACGGGCUGGGUGGCACUGGACGAGAAAGACAGCGACCUGUCGACACGGAUACGCAAGAACUUCCGCGAGAGCGGGCGGGCCGACGCGUCGGCGGACAUCACGCUGGACGAGGUCAAGACACGCUGGGACGGCGUGCUCGCGGGGAUAGACACGACAGGGUACGACAAGGCCUACACGAACUCGAGCGCCGGCUGGGCCGACGCGAGUUCUGCCGUCGAAGCCAUGAUGGCCGGGGCGGUCCAGGCCGGCGUGCACUACGAGGUAGGCGAAGCCGUCGAGCUGGUCGCUGACGUCGACAGACGCAGACUCAGCGGCGUGCGGACCGCAGACGGACGCUUCUUCACGGGGGACAGGAUCCUCCUCGCGACGGGCGCCUGGACGCCGUGGCUCAUGAGCCCCCUAGAAAAAGCCCUGCACAUCCCGGAGGAAGACAGCAUACACCGACAGAUACAGGCGGCGGGCGUGUGUGUCGCGGCGUUCCAGCUCUCCGAGGCGGAAGCAGAGCAUUACUCGUGCAUGCCGGUGCUGAUCUACGGCAGCAAAGGAGAGGUCAUGCCUCCCACCGCCGCCACCACCACCACCACCGCGAACGACGACGACAAGGCUCAAGGGGAGCGCUUUUUCUUCUUCAAGUUCACAAACUCGAACACGUUCCUCAACACGACCCUUCACCCGGACACGGGCCAAUUGAUCUCGGUGCCCGCGCCCGACCAGAGAGCCGUCCCGUCAGCGUUGAGGAGUGAAUCAAUCGACGUCAUAAGACGGCGCGUGCCUGCGAUACUGCACAAUGGCCGUGUCCCGGACGACUGGCGAAUCUGCUGGGACGCUGUGUCGCCGGACCAGAACCAGUUGAUCACGCGACAUCCGGUCUCGACGCUGUCAAACUUGUUUCUGGCCACCGCAGGCUCUUUCCACAGCUGGAAGUUCCUGCCCAACAUCGGAAGGUACGUGGUCAACGUUCUCGAUGGUAAGUCGAACGGCCCUAUAAAAGACGAGGCCUGGGCCUGGAAGAGAACCUGGGCCGGGAGAGGAGCCCAUGAAAAGGUCCUGCCCAAGAGAGAAUUUGCAGACAUCAGUAAGCCAUAA